UUAUCUUAAAGCAUAUGUUCAUCUAUGCUCAACCGUGUGGUUACUACUUUCGGUAAUUGGUAUAUAUUUCUACGGCAUUUCAAUGCUACGUUUAAUUAAGCAUUGUGGAUUUUUUAAUAAUUUGUGCUCUUAUUGUGAGUACUGCUAUAUGUAUACAAUAUGCUUGUCAUACAUUGAAAUUAUUAACUGGUGAAUUACAGUACAGUAAAGCAUAACCUUUUAUGAUUCUUUACAUAGUUUUCUGCUAUGUUCAUGUGGAAAUACAACUUUAUUUCUGUACGAAAAAUAGUAUUAGGUAGUACGCAACACUGUAAAAUGUCUCUUAACAUAGGUAAAGUGACUAUGGAAGAUAGUAUUGUAUCUGAACAAAACAAUAAAAGACCUCUGGUAGAAGAAAAUGAUGAGAAUUUGCUUAAAAAGCAAAAAACAGUAUCAACCGAAAGAGUGAAGAAAAAGAAUUAUGCCAUAUUGUUGGGCUACCUUGGAAAGGGAUAUUUUGGUAUGCAAAGAAAUCCUGGAAUGAAAACUAUCGAGGAAGAUUUAAUAAAUGCCUUGUUCAAAGCAAAUUUAAUAAAUGAAGAAGCAUUUAAAACAAUACAGACAAUACAAUUUCAGAGAGCAGCACGUACUGAUAAAGGUGUUUCUGCUGCUAGGCAAAUUGUUUCCUUGAAAUUACCUGAGCAAGUAUCUAAGGACGAUAUAAACAUAUUUCUUCCAAACGAAAUUAGAAUUUUUGGUAUAAAACGUGUCACGAAAGGAUUUAAUAGCAAAACUCAAUGCGACGCACGAACGUAUACAUAUACUCUGCCCACAUAUGCAUUUGCACCAGAACCACCCAAUAUUUUACAAGAUGAAGAAUAUAUCGUUUUGGAAGAACGAUUAGAAAAAUUGUCAAUUAUAGAUGGAAAACCGUUUAAUGAAUAUCGUAUAUCAACAGAAACCGUUGAAAGAAUAAAGUCGGUACUAAAGAUGUACGAAGGAACGCAUAAUUUUCAUAACUUUACUUCAAAAGUGAAACCAUUAGAUCCACGUGCAAAGAGAUAUAUAAUGGAAUGCACCUGUUCUGAACCAUUCAUAUCAAAAGAUAUGCAAUUCAUAACACUUGAAAUAAAGGGUCAAAGUUUUAUGCUUCACCAAAUUAGAAAAAUGGUAGCAUUAGUUAUAGGAAUGGUACGAAAUAUUGCAACGGAAGAAUCUUUCGAGCAAGCGUUUAAGGCUAAAAGAAUAGAUUUACCAAUUGCACCAAGUUUAGGCUUGGUAUUGAAUCAGAUACAUUAUGACAAUUACAAUGAGAGAUAUGGAGCUGAUGGCAUUCAUGAAAAGUUGGAUUGGCUGGAAUGCAAAGAAGAAAUUAAUACAUUCAAAAAGAAUUACAUUUUCAAAGACAUCGUAGACAUGGAAGUUGCUGAGAAAAUUACGUUAAAUUGGCUGGCAACGUUAGCUCUGCAUACAUAUUCCUUUCGAGAAAAGCAUCUUAACGAAUAGUGUAAUCAACUAAAUGUUAAUGCAUUAUUGCAUAGGAUGCAACGCUUAACGGACCAAUAAAAUCGACUUAAUUCCGAGGCGAAUGAAUUUUACAAAUAAAAUAAAUUUACAACUACCAUCUAUA